AUGGACUCUAGUAGGACAUCAGGUGAAACUACUGAACAACUACCAACAGAGGAUAAUGCUGAGACAAGACCCACGAAAAAGUCUAAAACAGUAAAACCAGUCGAGACUGAUACCCAACCAGUUAACUUUACUUCUACAACUCAACUGCAUAGAGGACUAAAAGUUGCAAAUAAAACUCUAGCAAUUUUCAAGUUAGUCCAUCCACUGCUUGUGCCAGAAUAUAUAGUACCACAGAUAAAUAAGGAAUUGAAAAUCCUAAGUGACCUAACAGGAAUCCCUAUCUCACCAGUUACAAAUACACACUUUAUUAGUUCACAAUACACCAAUACUCUACAGUCCUUAAAACAAAUUCAACCAAAGAUGAUCAAAGAAGCAGUCAAAGCAUAUUUUAAGAAUUGGACCAAAUUAAAUAAAAGUGAUCCACAGGAAUGGCCUAGCUGGGAGAACUACUAUAAAUCUAAAAUAUGCAUAACAUCCAGAAUCUAUAACGAAUUACUUGAGCCUAUAACUAUACCUAAAAUGCAGCAG